GCCAUUGGCCGCCUGCAGCUCAUUUAUUCGCUGUCAAAGCGCAUCAUAUGGCCGCUGCUCCAUUAGCUUCUGUACUCCGUCAGAGAAAGUAGCUCAAAGACGCUUUUCAUCACGCUGGAUGUGAAAAACAAGUGGAGAGGGGGGAAAAGCACGCAGGAAAAAAGUUCCGACGAAAUAUCAUAACCAUCCUGGAUUGUAUUACGUUUCAUUUUCCCUUUUUCGGGGAGGUCUGAUCGUUUACGCAGGCUGAGCCGGACUUUAGCGCCGAAACUGAAUGUUCCUGAGUAUUGGCUGAAAAAGUUAAAGCCAGGUGAAUGUAUAGCAUGAUGAUGGAAACGGACUUGCACUCCCCCGGACCCCAAACUAAUACGAAUUCGGGGCAAAACAAUGGGAACAAAGCAAACCAAGACCGAGUCAAGAGACCGAUGAAUGCGUUUAUGGUUUGGUCUCGGGGCCAGAGAAGAAAGAUGGCUCAAGAGAAUCCCAAAAUGCACAACUCCGAAAUCAGCAAGAGGCUCGGCGCCGAGUGGAAAGUCAUGUCAGAGGCGGAAAAGAGACCCUUCAUUGACGAGGCGAAGAGGUUGCGAGCCAUGCACAUGAAAGAGCACCCGGAUUACAAGUACAGACCUCGGAGGAAGACCAAGACCCUUCUCAAAAAAGACAAAUACUCUUUGGCCGGCGGUCUGCUUACCGGGGCUGGCACCGGGGGUGGAGUUGGUUUGGGGGUCGGAGUGAGUCCAGCAGGGGUCGGACAGAGGUUAGAGAGUCCCGGGGGUCAUGGUGGCACGGCUACUGCCAGCUAUGCACACAUGAACGGUUGGGCAAACGGUGCCUACUCGGGCCAGGUGGCGGCUGCCGCAGCGGCCGCGGCGAUGAUGCAAGAGGCGCAGUUAGCCUACAGCCAGCACCCUGGCAGCGGGGCUCACCAUCACCACGCUCACCACCACCACCCGCACAACCCCCAGCCCAUGCACCGCUACGAGAUGACCGCUCUCCAGUACAGCCCGAUCUCGAACUCGCAGAGCUACAUGAGCGCCUCUCCUUCGGGGUACGGGGGGAUCUCCUACACGCAGCAUCAGAGCUCGAGUGUCGCCUCUUCUGGAGCUAUCGGCACCUUAGGGUCGCUUGUGAAAUCAGAGCCAAGUGUUAGUCCUCCCGUAACCACUCACUCUAGAGCUCCGUGUCCGGGGGACUUGAGAGAAAUGAUAAGUAUGUACUUACCAGCCGGGGAAGCGGGUGACCCGUCUGUUCAAAGCAGACUUCACGCUUUGCCCCAGCACUAUCAGAGCACUACAACAGGGGUAAACGGAACAGUUCCAUUGACACAUAUUUAAGACGCGAAGACAACGAAUGCAAACUGCACCGAGCAUAAGGAAACACGUAACCAAAUAUUUACCUCUUUUUUAAAUCGGUACUUAUUUACCUUUUGUACAGAAUGUUUUUUGAUGUUCUUGUAAAUGGAAGGUAAAUGUUGUUUUGGUUGCCUUUUAGAGAAAAAAUGAUAUUACACAAACAUAUGGCUUUGAGACUGGGUUAAUGUUUUAUUAUUUGUAAGCGAUAAAUAUAAAACUCUAGUUCACUUAAUUGAAGGACAUACCAAGAUGUGACAACAAAUGCGGUAUGCCUAUGAAUACAGUCCAUUGAUUUUUGAGGUCGCGUAGAUAUACUCUGCUAAAUGAGAAGUUUUAAAAGAUAACAAAAUAGCAUAUGAUACGUAACAUGAAAGUGUUUUAAAAGUUUUCUUUUCCGUUUGACCUUUAC